AUGGACAGCAGGAACCUGACCAACUGGAAGACCGCAUUCUUCUCUCGUCCCGCCCCCUACCUGACUGACAAUGGCUUCCCCAACCCACUCUGUGUGAGGGACCACGAGAGCAGGGACACACACACACAAACCAGCAGACGCACCAACUCACACAUUAGACACAGAAUUGUGAGGGACAGGGUGCUGGACCGUAGAGACCACCAGGAAGACCACUAUGUCAUCGGAGAGGAGGGCAACUGUCUGACUGAGGAGUACAGUAACACACUCUGUAACGGACCCCUCAAACCAAACACUGUCUACGUGUGAGUAUACACAACACACACAUGUACUGUAAACACACAGACAUAAACACACACACAUACAAAGUUCAAUACAGUGCAUGUCUUUGUCUGUGUUGCAGGUUUAAAUUCCGAGCCACCAACAUCCGAGGCCAGUACACAGACUCUGACUACUCUGAGCAUAUCAGAACCGCAGGUAACAACUCCUCCCCUAUUCUUUCCACAAACUCACACACACACCUCUCCUCUCCAAUGCAAAGUGAUUAAACAACCCCUCUUAUCUUUCCCUCCUCUCCACCGCUCCCCCUCCUGUCUGACAGUGGAUGGGUUGUUGACCAGAGAUGAACAGAUCAUUCUGGGAGUUGUCCUCUCCUUCUUCCUAGCCGUGCUGCUCAUCAUCAUCAUCUAUGCCUCUGUCAGGUAAACUCAAUGUUCCUCUGAUGGUUCUAGCUGAUGGUUCUAGCUGACCAAGGUUUAAACCCAGCCAGCCGUAUUCAGGUGUCUCAGAGCUUUUGACAUGUCCCUCAUCCAAUGGCAGGAUCCGUCAGCGUCAGAAGGAGGGAGGGACCUACUCUCCCCGGGAGGCGGAGAUUAUAGAGACCAAGUUUAAACUGGAUCAGCUGAUUGCUGUGGCCGACCUGGAGCUGAAGGAAGAGAAGCUACACCGGUCUGUGUGUGUGUGUGUGUGUGUGUGUGUGUGUGUGUGUGUGUGUGUGUGUGCGCGAAUGUGUGUGUCUGCCUACGUGUGCGUGUCUUUUUCCUCACACAUACACUCGCACUCCCUCUCUAUCACUCGCACACUCCAUCACAAAGGUUCACCCACUGUAACGUUAUGCUCACUCUACCUUUAACACUCUUCCGACCUCGACCUACCUGCAUGCCUACAGACUGUGCUUGGCUGCUGUUAACACACACACACACACACACACACACACACACACACAAUCACACAACCACACACAAGGCUGUCUGCACUCUGCACUCUCUCACUCUAACCCCUCUCUCACACUCUCUCUCCAGGUAUUCCUCCUUCUUCUUUAGACGGAAGGAGAUAUUUGUCAUCCAGUAAGUUGUUAUUACAGAUGUAGGAUCUUAAUUUGAUUACUCUUUUGUUGCUGCAAACUUGUAGUGUAUUUGAGCUUUUUUUACACUUUUACAUUUCUGACUUGAUUUGCCCUAAUGAAAAGUGUAUCAACCCCAAUAAAAAUGUACAUUAAUUAUAAUCCACAUAAUAAUUCACAUUUUCUGUUUCUGAAGUAUUAUUUUCCUGCUGUAGCAAACUGGCUGAAAUUAAGAUCCUACAUUUGUAGGCAGUGUGUGUAGCCUCUCUGUGUGUAGCACUUCAUGUGUUGUAGCUCUCCAUGUUUGUGUUGCUGUGUUGCAUUGCAGUGUGUUGUUGUCUCUCUCAUUGCUUUAGUUUCACAGUGAAGUUCUGUUGUAGUUUCACAGUGUCAGUCUGUCUGUAACUGUAGAGUAAUGGAAAGUAAAGUCUGCUGUACUCAGUGUGCUAGUGUGACUCAUAUUGUUCUGUCAACUCUGUUUUAGACUUCUCAGCUACAGAAAGUCUCUCAAGUAAGUCACCUGAUGAGUGUGUAUGUUGUGCUAUGUGAUUGUAUGUGUUGGGCAAUACUAGUUGGAUUUGGAUUGCUGCUCUGUGAAGGAUUUCUCUUACCCCCAUCUCUCUCUGUCUCUCAGGCCGGUCAAUAAGAGGUCUUUUCUGCAGCAUGUAGAGGAUCUGUGUGCUAACGAGAACGUCAAGUUCCAGGAAGAGUUUGCAGUAUGUAACUCUGACCUCUGACCCCUGUGAAAACCUGUGUGUGUGCGCGCCUGCGUGUAUGUGCGUGCGUGUUUGUGUGUCUGUGUGUAGACUGACAGUGUUAACCCUGUCCUCGCCAGGAGCUGCCCAAACUGCUGCACGACCUGGCUACAUCAGACGCUGACCUUCCCUGGAACAGAUCCAAGAACCGCUUCACUAACAUCAAACCCUGUAUGAGCACACAUGCAUGCACACACACACUGAGCGUAACAAAUACACACAGCCUAACACACUCUCUCCUCUACAGACAACAACAACCGUGUUAAGCUGCUGUCUGAACCUGGCAUGCCUGGAUCUGACUACAUCAAUGCUAGCUUCAUCUCAGUGAGUCUCACACACACACACACACACACACACACACACACACACACACACACACACACACACACACACACACACACACACACCGGAAAGAGAACACUCAUGCUUUCAAAGAAAAUGUAAUUACCUCUUGAACCUUGCCAUCUAAACACUCCAACUUUUGUGUUUACAAAACUGGAGACUUGUGGGUUCGAUCCCAGGCUGUGACCGGGAGACCAAUUGGGCAGCGCACAAUUGGCCCAGCGUCGUCCGGGUUAGGGGAGGGUUUGGCCGGCCCGGGAUUUCCUUGUCUCAUCGUGCUCUAGCGACUCUUUGUGGCGGGCUUAGCGCCUGCUAGCUGACUUCGUCCGUUGGACGGUGUUUCCUUCGACACAUUGGUGUUGCUGGCUUCCGGGUUAAGCAAGCAGUGUGUCAAGAAGCAGUGCGUCUUGGCAGGGUCGUGUUUCGGAGGACGCAUGGCUCUUGACCUUUGCCUCUUCCGAGUCCGUAGGGGAGUUGCAGCGAUGAGACAAGAUCGUAACAACCAAUUGGAUAUCACGAAAUUGGGGCGAAAAAGUAAAAGUAAAAAAGUAAUAUAUAUAUAUACUGGAGACUUGUGACUUUGCUCUGUUCUGAUUAUAAGAUUCUCUCUCUUGCUGCAUCUCCUUCUCCCUCAAUAGGGCUAUCUGUGUCCCAGUGAGUUCAUAGCGACCCAGGGUCCUCUCCCCGGUACUGUGGCUGACUUCUGGAGGAUGAUCUGGGAGACUCGCACACAAACCAUCGCUAUGCUCACACAGUGCUAUGAGAAAGGAAGGGUAAGGACCGGACCAAGGUUCUAGUAGUGUCAGGGUUGUAUGUCUGUUUAGAUCUGCUGUCACCAAUUGUGUGUGUUCGUGUGUGUUUGUGUUUGUGUGUGUGUGUAGAUCCGGUGUCACCAGUACUGGCCAGAAGAUAAUAAGCCGGUUACAGUGUUUGGGGACAUCAUCAUCACCAAGCUGACAGAGGACGUCUAUCCUGACUGGACCGUCAGAGCUCUCAAAGUGGAGAGGGUAACACACACACACACACACAUAUUUGAGUAUCCCAGAGUAACCAAGUUUAUAGAGUUUCCCUCUUGAUAAUCAAAACAUUGUUCUCCCCCAUCUCUCCCCCCCUCUCUCUCUCGCUCUCUCUCUCUCUCCCUAGCAUGGGGACUACAUGGUGGUUCACCACUUCAACUACACCUCCUGGCCAGAGCAUGGUGUACCAGAGUCCAGCAGCACACUCAUACAGUUUGUUAGAGCCAUCAGAGCCAACAGGCAUGAGAACACCACUAUAGUGGUGCACUGCAGUGCUGGCGUGGGCAGGACAGGAGUGUUUAUAGCGUUGGACCACCUGAUUCAACACGUCAGUGAUCAUGACUUUGUGGACAUCUACGGUCUGGUGGCUGAACUACGCAGUGAGAGGAUGUGUAUGGUGCAGAACCUGGUGAGAAAUAUGUCUUUAUACAACAUGUAUCAUAAUAUAAUGAAAUAUUCUUACUGUGAUAUGGAUAUGAUACUUUGUAGUAAUGUGAUACUCUAGUUUCCCCAUGUUGUCCUGGUGUAUUCAAACCUGCAGAGAGCCUGACAGAAUCUUAGCGAGUUUGUGCAUGCAUGUCCCCAGGCCCAGUAUAUGUUCCUACACCAGAGUACUCUGGACCUGCUGAACAGUAAAGGAAACAGCCAAUCCAUCUGGUUCGUCAACUACUCUGCUCUGGAGAAGAUGGACUCACUGGACGCUAUGGAGGGUGAGCACACGCACGCACGCACGCACACACACACACACGCACACACAUACAUACAAAUACACAUACACUAGCAUACACACACGUCAUAAACGCACAUUUCAUAUCUCUACUCUUUUGUGUUCUUGCAGGUGAUGUUGAACUGGAAUGGGAGGAGACUACAAUGUAAAGGCUGAGAACUUCUCAGUCAACUUCACACCUGAUAAACACACCUAUUCUUGGGUCAUGGGGCCAAAUCCUGGACAUACUGACUGUUUGUCAGAUAGAUUGCUCCACCAGAGAUAGAGGGAG